CAUGAACGAAUCGUUCGUUGUUGGGCGGGACCGUUGAACUUCAAACCGCUCUGCAGCUGCGCAGUGGGCUACUGCGCUCACAGCUGUGUACACAUUGACCCCAGAGAGUCAGAUGCGGAGGUUUGUACAAAUCAGCCCUCAUUCAGAAAUGGAGACUUUUCUAAAGAUCGACAGGUAAACAUCAGACUGUCCUCCACCGCUAUACUGCCAGUGUGAAGAAGUAAUCUUCCAUUUUCCCCAACACUGACAGCAAGUUAACAACAACUGUCCGCUCCUGCCACUUCUCCUCCAAACCUGCUUCUCUGCACACCUCACUGCUGUAAGUCUUCAGUAUGUAUCAGAUCGUCCCGGUAGCUCCUAGUGAGCAGCAGACAGCCAGGGGAGCUGGUGGUUCUCCACUGAAGAAGAAACUGGCUCAUGAAGGUCGGCCCCUGGUGAUUGCAGGCAUGUUAGGCUGUGUGUUGGUGCUGGCUGCUGUGGUCGCCUGGUGCUACUACUCAGCUUCCCUCCGUAAAGCCCAGCUGCUGAAAGCUGAGCUGUUGGACCUCAACAAGGAUGGUUUUAUCAUUCAUAACAUGACGGGGGCUGUAGUCUUCAGUAUGACCUUCAGGUCUGGCACUCUGGAUCUGGACUCCUGCUCAAAGGAGGGAAAUAUUCUGAGCUGUACUCGGUCAAAUUCUGGCAAACUCAACUUCUUUAUCCAGACGGUUCGACCAAAGGACACGGUGAUAUGUUACCGUGUGCGCUGGGAGGAGCUGCAAAAUGAGCGCCCGGUGGAGCACGCCAUGGCCUAUAAUGACUCUCAUUGGUACGGAGGGGCGGAGACGGCAACACAGUACUGGCCUAUCAGGAUACAGGGUGAGGAGGAACCGCAGCCUUUCAUCACCAGUGAUGUCUACUCAAAUCGGAACGCUUUUGGAGGAAUCUUGGAACGCUAUUGGCUCUCUUCGAAUGCCACUGCCAUCAAAAUUAAUGACUCGGUGCCUUUUCAUUUGGGCUGGUCAGAGAAGCACAGGACUCUCAGGUUCCAGGCCCGAUACCAGGACUCUCCCUUCAAACCAGAAGAGGGUCAGCAGGCCUUACCUGAACUCAGCUAUAGAGUGUGUGUGGGGUUGGAUGUUACCUCCAUCCACAAAUACAUGGUGCGUCGGUAUUUCCCAAAGCCUAUCAAGGUCCCGUCUCCUGAAGUGUUCAAAAAGCCGCUGUGGUCCACAUGGGCUCUCCACAAGACAGCUGUAACUCAGGAGAAGCUGCUGCGUUACGCCUCUGACAUCACCAAGCAUGGCUUCACAUGCUCCCAUCUGGAGCUGGACGACCGCUACACUGCCGACUAUGGAGAGUUUGACUUUGACCCGCAGAAGUUCCCCAAUGCUAGCGGUAUGUUUGACAAACUCGGAGAGGACGGGUUUCAAGUGUCACUCUGGACACAUCCUUUUAUCAACUAUGACUCCAUUAAUUUUGGCGUUGCUGUGGAGAAAGAACUGCUUGUUCGGGAGCCGAGCGGUGAGCUGCCUGCUCUGGUUCGCUGGUGGAACGGCAUCGGAGGAAUCUUGGACUUCACCAACCCAGAAGCCCGCGAGUGGUAUUCCUCACAUCUGCAUAUGAUCAAAACUCGCUAUGGCGUCACGUCCUUCAAGUUCGAUGCAGGAGAGUCGAGCUACCUCCCACGGCAGUUUAGCACCCUGGUGCCACUGUCUGACCCGUCCACCUUCACCCGCCGCUACACAGAGAUGGCCAUCCCAUUCAGUGAGCGUGCAGAGCUGAGGGUGGGUUACCAGAGUCAGGACAUCUCCUGCUUCUUCAGGAUCAUUGACAGAGACUCCGUGUGGGGUUAUGAGCUCGGCCUCAAGUCCAUUAUCCCGACUGUUCUGACUAUUAGUAUUCUGGGUUACCAGUUUGUCUUACCUGAUAUGAUAGGAGGGAAUGCCUACCCCAACCGCACCGCAGGUAGCUCAGAUGGCAAAAAUGUUCUGCCGGACAGAGAGCUAUACAUCCGAUGGUUGGAGCUGUCUGCUUUCAUGCCUGCCAUGCAGUUCUCUAUACCACCGUGGGCCUAUGACAAUGAGGUGAUACAGAUAGCGCAGAAGUUCACAGAGCUCCAUGAGACUCUGGUGGCCCCAAGGGUUCUCGAGCUGGCAGGCGAGGUUCUUGAUACAGGAGACCCAAUCAUCAGGCCCCUCUGGUGGAUCGCCAUCAACGACGAGGCAGCCUACAAGAUCGACUCCCAGUUCCUGAUCGGGGAUGACCUAAUGGUGGCUCCGGUGUUAGAGCCAGGAAAGCAGGAGAGGGACAUCUACCUGCCUGCAGGACGAUGGAGAAGCUACAAGGGGGAACAUUUUGAUAAAUGCCCCAUGUACCUUACUGACUACCCUGUGGACCUGGACGAGAUAGCUUUCUUCACAUGGGUUCACUGAAGACAUUCAAGACUAAUAAACUUGCACACACAUACUGUAUGCACAUGUACAUUCUUGUGAGCAGCACACAUGCCAAGAAGUAGCAGAAGAGUUUGUUGUUUAAAGGGAAAUGACCACCAGGGGAUCUGCUGCCACAUCAGUGUGAUUCUUGGUAAAGAUGAACCUCAUGUCUCCUCUGCCCUGCUCUUUGUUCGGACGUCUGCCUGCAGAUUAUAACCGUCCACUCAAAGAAUCAGAAUGAAACUUGUGUUCACUCCUGAUUCUCUUGCUCCAUCCUUAAGCUGAUCCUCAUCCUCAUGUGCCUUCCACAGCCAAUAGUAAAACCGAUCUCAGAUUGUAUUGUCACCUAGUCUUCCACCAUAGCUUGAAUGAUUUAAUAAUAGUUGUGUGUUUAUUAAGACUGGACUCCGAGUUGGUAACUUCACGCGUUUCAUCUGGGGUACUUGUCAAGAUCACGACUGCAAAAAUAUUUUUAUGUCAAAACUGCAGUGACCUGUUGUGCCAUUCUGUCAUUUCAGUGCCAGCUGCUUUAUGCUUCUUUUUUUUCUUUCUUUUCUCACUUGGAGAAGUUCCCAGCUCAGGGUAGAUUUAAAAGAAAUGUAUUUGUUAUGUUAGAAUUAAUUUAGUUGAUCGACAGCAAGAAAUAGAUUUAGGACACUCAUGCUACUGGUUUGCCUUGGAAAACAGGGAAUGUUCUCAAAGAUGCCAUAUUAUUACGUGCCGUCCAUGUCUGCCUUGUGACUUUAUUUGCCUUAUCAGCUGAACUAAGCUAUGCCAUCUUUAGCACAGAGAACCAGUAGAACGAGGAAACACUCACCUCUGCACACAAUGAUAUAUGGUUGAUGAUUUGUACCUUUACAUUUUUAAGCUCUGACAUCGCAAAGUACGUGAGGAUCUGCCAUCUGAAUACAUGCUUGUCUGCUCUUACACAGUGAUUUCUGGCAUGAAAGUAAAGCACACUACUGGUUAAGUUAUAUAAAUGCCUUGCUUGAAAAUAAUUAUUCUAUAUAAGCUAGAGUCAAAACUGUUUUUUAAAAAUGUUUAUGUCACUAUGUGUAGAGUUGUUAUGGGAUCAGUGAAUUAUUCUGAUGGUUUUUGUUUGUUGAAAAAUGAAACGAUUGCUGACAAUUGGAAGUCUUUGUGUCGCUUUCUUGCGUUUUUAAAACUAGCACCAGAUGGCGCCAUAGUCAUUAAUGUUCACAUUUUACACACAGUGGCUUUGACUCGUAAAUUAGACAGCAACAUUUCUAGAAGAAAUGAAUGCAUACUUAUAAAUAAUAUUACUAAUAUGUUGUUUGUGGCAAUUGAAUAAUUGCUAAUGUUUUAUUGGUCUUUUUAUUGCAGUGAAUACUUCCUGCAUUAUGAAGUUAAACUGCCAAAGAAAACAAAAUGGUUGUCGCACUUUCUGUACAACAUGUUUGAUAUUGUGUGAAAAGCUUGACAUCCAUAUAUUUAGUUACCCUCAACAUAACUAUGUGAUCCUUACAGUGAGUUGAAAACAUGGACAUAAACAAAACUACAGUUAGAAGUUUUCACAUGACGGCAACAAUAUGCUUCAUUUUACAUUUUUCAAUUAAUAAAACAUUUUUAAGCUCCUGCGAACAAACUGAACUAAAUUUAGUUUAUAUCAGAUUUGAGCAACUAUGUACUUUUCUCUUGUAAACUAUUAGCCUUUUGCAUUAUCUGUAGAGUUUCUUUAUCUAUAAUUCCCCCUGUUCCACAUACAUCCCACAUUGCCUAAUUUUAAAAGAAAAAAAAGAAAGAAAGUGUAACCUAAUGUUGUCUUUAAGAAAAUAUAAAAUAAUACGUUUUGCAGGUCCAAAUGCGUAAAGAAAUGCUAUAUUUAAUCUAGCUUGAUAUCUGAUACAGAAUACAGUACACCAAAUAUUUCCUGCAUUUCAUUUGUGUUUAGUUGUGUUGGACUUCCUGGUUUGACACCGCUUUCAAAAAUGUCAAAUGAGGAAGUCCAAAAGUCUUAAAGUCUGUUUUUCUGUGUAAUUAUUGCCGAGGAUCAGCAAUUAACCAUGUUCAGUGUUGAUGUUGUUCCUGUUUUGUCAUACAUCUUUGUGUUUCGUGCUUCGUAACAAAGCUAUGUGUUGCUGUAAACAAGGAUGUGAAAUGCAGAACCAAAGGAAUUAAACAAUUCAAUGGUG